GUGACGCAAAGGCUACCUGUUCAAAUCACAGUGAAGUGGAAGGUGCCCGCUGCCCAACUGAAGUCGAACUAAGCUCUAGAUACUGCUCUUGCUUUGUUGACUGCUACACGGAGUCAGUCCUCAUCUUCCAUUUCAUCAUUUCUGAAAAGAAAUGAAAUGAAAUUCAACUCCACCGAAUUGUUCUCCCUUGCACAGAAGACGCCCUUCUACUUCGAUAGGGAAGGCAUUUUGAAAAUCAGGACAUCAUCAACCAAAUGGAAAAAACGUCAAGAACUAAUAGAAAGAUGGUGCCGCCUGAAAGGAAACCUGCUGUUCUUAAUGAAAAAUAGAAGCAGUACAUCAGGUCCCGCGGAAGUAAUACUCCUGGAACGAUGUUACAUUGUGGAAGGAAGAGAUAGCAAGAGCCCAGCUUUAACUAUCACUUUUCAGAGUGGAGAACCAGACAUUUAUCUUGAAGCCAUCUCAAAGUCAGACUGUGAAGACUGGAUUGCAGCACUCCGACAAGCAAACUCUGAAGGUUUGCGAAGGAGAAUUGCACACCUUCAGCAACUCAUCAUGGAAAUCAAAGGCAAUACAAGCCCAGAUGAGGCCCAUCAGAUCCUCCCUAUACCAGAGACACAAUCUCCAUUGAUAGGGAUUUCCAAUUUUCCAUUUGAACCCAAGUUGGAAUUCACUCUUGCAUGCAAGGAACUGGUGGCUACAGCUGGUGAUCGGAAACCGAAUGCCUUUGUUCAGAUUGCAGUCAUAAAUCCUACACAGCAGAGCCUGACCAGAUACUCUAAUACUGAAACAGUGGAGGGAACAAGGGAUCCAGUGUUUUUGACUGGUGCUACCUUCCCACCGGGCUAUCCCAUUUAUGAAGAGACACGGGUGAAAUUAACCGUCUACGAUGUCAAAGAGAAGUCCCAAGAAACCCGAAGCUUCCUGGGCUCUGCUACGUUUACUAUAGGUGAUUUGCUGAAGUCAGAAGAGCAAACGCUGACCAUAAACCUAAGCCCUCUAGAUGGUUCAAGCAAAGUGGGGACCAUAGUGAUCAGCAACCUUAAAAUGGGUGAAAAUGAGAAUGAAGAUGCAGACCAAGCUCCUUCUGAAGCAUCGCGAGAAAAGUCAGCUUUACGUGGCAGUGCUUUGUACAAGACUGUUAAUGAUGCUGAAAAAUUCUCAAUACUAGAUUCAGUGUUUAAAAAUAUCAUAUAUAAAGUUUAUAAAUUGCCUACAGCCAAUGGCAAGUGGCUCUGUGUACGAGAACAAAUGGCUGAAAGUACACUGUCCUUCCAUAUCCCCAAGCAACUGAUAAAACUCUUCAUCCAAGAAGAUACAAGAAGGCUGCAAGAUCUCGAGGAACUAGGUGAGCUUUCUGCUCAUUGGGACACCCUACGCCAAAAUGUAACUGUCCACUACCAGCAGAUGAUUAGCAGUUAUCACGAAGUACUCAUGGAACUCAGUAAAUUCUCAGGGUCAUCAUUUAAACCAAGCUGCAGCAGAGGGGAGAAGAAGCUUGAAUUUGUUCCAGUUAACCUGCAUUUACAGCGAAUGCAAAUUCAGAACAGUUCUGCCAAAACAGAUGCCAUUUAUGAUGUCGUUACGAUUGGAGCUCCUGCAGCUCACAUUCGGGGUUUUCGAAAUGGAGGUCUUCGCAGGCAGCUGUACAGAUUUGAAGGGGAAAAGAGAAAUUCAGCAUACCAAUAUAUUUACUAUUCACCUGAAGACACAACCAAAGCAAAAGAAGUCAUAACCAACAUUUAUAAGCUUCAGCCUCGCAUAUUGAGCAACUCAGAGCUCCUUCUUACUGCAGCAAGGCAACACUCCAGUGACAGCCUCAAAGAUUCAUUGAAAACGCUCAGUGAAAUAACGGAGCAGUUUGUACAUACUUUUGAAGACCAGCUGCUGAGAAGUGCGCUGUUGGCUCUACAUAAGGCUCGUCCAAGUUACAUCAACAAAAAGUGCUCCACUCUCAUCCCUAAUCCAGACACAGCUGAAGAACAACUUGAAAACAAUGAGCGCAAGUCCAGCAAAGAUUCAAUACCACACCACGCUGAAUAUGAUGAGGAAGAUUGGGACAGAGUGUGGGUGAAUGUGGGGAAGAGCUUGAACUGUAUAAUUGCAAUGGUGGACCGACUGCUUGAAGAAAGUGGCAACAGCCCAGAAUGUGAACCAAAUUCUUCGUCAGCUGACCAGAGCUCCUCUUCAGCAUGUGAUAAUUGGUACGAUGGGCUGUACCCCCUGGUAAUUACUCUAAAGGACUGUGUCAGUGAAGUGAUUAACAGAGCAAAGAAGGCCAUGGUGUUUGUUCUUCUUCAAGACUGUGGUUCCAAUAUACCACAGGCCCUGGCAUUGCAUCAGAGGAGAGACGUAGUGUUUAGCCAAGCACUUGCAGGCCUGGUCUGUGGGUUUGUAAUCAAACUGCAAACUUGUUUGCAUGAUCAUGGUUUCCUACUGCAGCUUCACACAGUGGGUUUGUUGGUGCAGUUUGAAGGACUUCUCAGCACAUACAGUGAAGAGAUCGGAAUGCUAGAAGACAUGUCAGUUGCAAUAACAGAUUUACAGAAAGUGUCAUUUAAAGUUGUUGAAGCACAGACGGAAGAGAGUGCUAGUGCUGACCUUUAUCCUGUUGUGACUGGAAUCCGAGAUUUUUACACAGUGGAGGUGCAACUUCCCAGCAAAUUGUUUGAAACUUUGCCACAGGAAAUCAAAGAUGGAAAGUUGUUGCAUGUACAUCCAGUGUUUUUUAACAUCGGAAUAAAUGAACAACAAACUCUGGCUGAAAGGUUUGGAGAUAUUUCACUGCAGGAAAUUAUAAACCAAGAGAAUUUUAAACUACUUAAUAAAUAUUUCAAGUCAUUUCAAGAAAAUUUAUCAGCUGAUUGUCUGCCUCGAUUUCAAACCCAAAUUGAUUUAAAAGACCUUUUUCAAAGCCUCAGUGAAAAUAUCCAAGCUAGGAAGAGAAAAAAUGUGGAAAUUCUAAAACUUGCUGCAUCUAUUUGCCGAAGGCUCAGUGGAAUACGUUUUACAAGCUGUAAAAGUGCCAAAGACAGGACGUCCAUGUCAGUAACGUUGGAGCAAUGUGUCAUUCUGCAAGAAGAACAUAGCCUACAUCCAGACUAUUUUGUCCGAGCACUGGACUGUAUGAGAAGCAGUUAUGGCAAGGAAACAAUGAAUGACACGGAUGAUCCUGAGACAGACUGUGAUAACAGACCAACUUCAAGUCACUUCUACCCUGUUGCUUUGUUGCUUGUCAGUUCACACUUGUUGGUGGUGUGGCUGAUUUUGAGUCUCGCUUUACUCUUGGCCAAAUAUCAAUAAUGCACUUGUUUACCACAUCAUUUUGUAACUAACACUUGACAAUGUAUUCAUGUAGCUCUAUAUAACAUGCUUUGUAAAAGAACUAACUUGUUUGUAAGUCUAAAACAAUUGUACGCCAUGUUUGGAAGAUUGUUCUGAGUUACUUAAUUUAUUUCACUGUCUUUACAGUAAUGAUUUCAAUGCUUAUUUUGUAGCAAUUUGUUUCUUCCAGAUUAAGUUAUGCAUUGUGUAAGAUUUAUUUUCAAGUGUUUUACAUAAAAUCCUGAUCUGUUAUGUUAGACGGGUGAAUACUGUAAUUGUAAAAGGUAUUUCUUUUCUUAGAAUAGAGAAAAAAAUGAUGAAACACAUGUAAAUGUAUAAAAUCAUGCUAUAUUUUUGGUCAGAAAUCUGUCAAGGGCAGUCCUAAAUUUAAAAAAAUGUAGCUAAUUGAAAAUGAUAUGUGUUUAUAGGUUUAGAAAAAAGAAUCAGAAUUGGAUUUCACAGGUACUUUGAAUAAAUUAACAAAUAAUUUACAUGCAAUGCCCACAAAAUGCUGGAGGAACUCAGCAGGCAGGCAGCAUCCAUGGGAAAAAAAAGUACGGUCAACGUUUCCGCAGGACCCAGCCCAAAAAGUUGACUGUACUUUUUUUCCAUAGAUGCUGCCUGGCCUGCUGAGUUCCUCCAGCAUUUUGUGUGUUUUGCUUGGAUUUCCAGCAUCUGCAGAUUUUAUCUUGUUUAUGAAAUAAUUUACAUAUUUGAUAUAAAGUGAAAGAGAAGACUAUCUGUUUUGUUUAAUUAAUUGCUAAAAAAAAAGUCCAAUUUCCGGUAAAAGUCAGUGAACUUGGCCGAUACUUUGUACAUUUAAUGGCCUCUAUUCUUGCUAAGAUGGCUGUAGUCAUUGUAACCGUGGAAGCAGUGUGGAAACCAUAGCAUGUGUCAAGUACACAGAAGCAGCUGGGAUAUUUUAAACUCCUGAACCUUAUUUCCAAAUUGUUCUCUUACCUGAAGCCAACGUUAGUAACAAGAUUGUCAGUGGGAAAGAUGGGCAUCUUGUUUCAGGGGAUUACAUUGGAGUCCCUAAAUAGAUGAGUACUGGAGGAGUCUGAGACAGCCACAUCACAUUAAUGAGAGGACAGGUCCAGGCAGCGAAGCCAGAAGAUGUUUACGUGAUGUUACGCAAUGUGAAUACUUACAGAACCUAAAUCCUCUCCAUCAUAUUGAUGAGCUUUCCAUCUGUGGCAGGUGCUACCAGAACCCCAAGUUAAAAUGACAUCAAUAAUUGUUAAAGAAUCAGCCGCAGGUGCAUAUUGAGAGAUUCACUUGAUUGAAAAGUGGCAUCAUUGUGUGUGUAUCAGUAUAAUUUUGUAAUGCAGCCUACAUUAAACAAAAUGCUUAAAUGUACAUCCUAAUUUGUCAUUGUAUCAGAUGACAGAGAGCUAUUCAGAACAUCUAGAUUUCAUACAAUAUUUAAGCAUCUAUCCUGUCCAUACGCAGCGUACCUGCUUUACCGUACAUACAGUCAGGAGACAAACCAAAAUGGUCUUAGAUCCCAUACACUCAGGGUAGUGAGUUCAUGAAAACAACAGUGAAAUACUUCAACUUCUGAAAAUAUAAACAAUAAUUCUAGGCUAAACAACAUAGUAAGACUGAAAGGUUAAAUGCAGGCACAUACAGUAUUGUUAAAUUUGGUAUUUCUUUCCUUCAAUUUGGCUAAAUAUCAUUCACGGGUAUAUCAUUCACAGUUUUCAUGAUCCACUGCAGAGCACAUGGCUACACAAUUGUUCCCAGCUGCCCCUAACAUAUCCAAAUGGGGAAUAAGGCAAAGUUUAUGCCAUUGAUUUGUUAUACAAGAAUAUUUAAUCAGGAACAUGCAGUUCAGAUUAUUGAUCAUUUGAAUUCUGAAGUAAAGCAGCUGUGACUGUUUUGAUUUUUGCAAUGUUUUUGCUGCAAAAUUAAAUAAUGUAUAUAUUUAACACUAACCUUAAUACUUCAGUGAACAGUUGGUUAUUUUUGGCCUGCCCUAUGGAUUGACGUGUGUAAGAUGUAUCAUCACCUGUGUUAAAUAAGUGUAGAUGAUUAUGCAGUUAUUUUUUCUUAUUGAAAA